AUGGCGCGCCCUAAAACAGUUCGCGCCCCGACAACAGCUAGCCUUCCAAAUAACCUCCGUAUUCCCUCGUCGACUCCGUCCCUCGCAAAAUCUCUGGGAAGGCUAUCGAGGCAAGCGCUACUGGACCUGGUAUUUAUUUGGCUUGACGAUCGCAAUAUCGUCUCGUUCCCACCAUAUCUACAAGCCGACGGCGCAGAUGGCCCCGACGAUGACGAAGCUCUGCCCUACCCCGCGGGAGAGACAAUCGAAGAAGUCCGCCAGGUAUAUGAAGACCUGAAGGACCGCAAGGGUGCAAAGCGCGAAGUUCUCGAACGAAUACUGGAAGGCGAUUGGCGGCAGGGUAUCACACUGCGUCAGUUGGCCAUGGCAGACCUCCGCUAUAUGGAUGACCACCCCGCUAGCCUGCGAUGGACCGCGCUCGAGCUCAGUCGUAUUGAUAUGAAUCGCAAGAACUCCAAGGAAAUACCAUCCACUGACUGGUCCGGUACUGUACCGCGAAUGCAAGCGGCAACAUUUGUGCAAGGCCUCCAACGAGAAAUAUCCCCAUUGGUUAAGGCCCACUAUCACCUCGCCCACUCAGCAACACUGCCACUAACUUUCUUACGGAUCUUUGUUGUUGACUCGCCAUAUCAAUCCCCGAGGCAGGCAGCCGAGAUCUUCACCGACUCGUCCCGGGUCAUCUACGUCGCUUUUCCGGAUAGUUGCCCUUACGUCUACACAUCCAUAGCAUCGUCCACCGGGUCAAAAGCUGCUCCUGCGACAAGCUCAGCCGCUACGGAUACUCGAACUCUUCAGCGUCUGGUCCGCGAUUCUAUUCCCAAGGCUUUAUCCCGCCCACAGGAACGAUUCUCUCUGCAGGCGACAUCCCUGGCAGCAAAAAAUCUACCCACACUUCUAGCUCUCCGCGGACCUGGACGAUCAAGGGCAUCAAAUGGCGCCUUCAGCGUUUUUGCAGAUGCAGCCAUUGAAGGAAGUCCGUUGGACCCUAGACCUUCCAAUACAGUCUCACCUGAAGAGCAUAUUCAAGCGGGUCAGUCGGGCCCAGCAGAACGCAAAGAAAACACAAAUGGCUUGGCGACGAAACGAAGAUCCAAUGGUAUGGAUAGAAUCCCCCUGUCUCCGGACUUGAAAAAACGCUGUCUGGCCAUCCACUCCCGAUUCGGAACAUUGGGGUCAUCAGUUGCCCCGGCACCGCUGGACCGUCUUGAUAUUCGACUACUUGAUAAGCCGGGAUCGAGUGAGGAGCAGGAUGAUGUUACUGACGAUGUUGAUGAUUCUUUGUCCACGCUACCUACAGUUUCACUCACUUUCUCGGGCUCCGACGUUAUCGGCGGGAUUCGCAAACUUGCGGAGUUAGGCAUUGUUGACCCUGAACGUAUGCCAUCGUGGAUGACUGGCGAGGAAGGUGUUAGUGUCGCGAGUGUUCGACAGGGUCAUCCGCUUCAAAGGGACACAUAG